AUGGUUUUGGCUGCUUUGCCCAAGGAGAUGAAUUUUAGCCUUGAUGUUUCGAAAGUGCGUGCGACAGCCGAUGUGUUUUACAAAGGAGAUAAGUUAGGUGUGCUUAAUCUACGAAAAUGGCAAAGUGCUCAUUCGGAACGAGUCAAUGGUCGAGGUGAUGCUUCCUUGAAAAUAGAAUCGCAUAUCAAGAACGCACCAUUAGAAAUCACGGACGAGGAUAUUUUCGGCGAUCUUGUGGCCGAUUAUUAUCUUGGGGGCAAGGCUAUCAAUCUCAAAAUUGAGGCUUUGGUUGAAGUUGAAAUAUCUACUGUGCUAGGUGAUUUCAUUAUUAAAGAUUUACCUGCGGAAGGAAAUGUUCCUUUGAAUCGUUAG